AUGUUCAACCGUCUACGCUUAUGGGUGAUAGGUCUGUUCAGUGACGGUGGUCAAGACAAUAAGACGCCAAAGCCAUUGUCUAGCAACCGUCUAGGCUUAUGGGUAAUAGGUCUGUUAGGUCUGUUCAGUGGCGGUGAUCAAGACAACAAGAGGCCAAAGCCAUCGUCUAGCAACCGGCAGCAAUGUCUCAUCUACAACAAAGUUUACCACGACAACACCCGAUCUCCGUCCUUUCCUGUUGGAUCUCUAAGACCUCAUAGCCCCAUCAAAUAUCAGUCACCCACAUACCCCACGUCCCCUACAUCUCACGAAUGCUCCGCCGAAUACUCCGAACUUUCUUUGUCUCCUCCCAAACUCGCCGAAACAGUGACAGACAUUCACGCCCCAAAUACAGAGCCCGAUCCUCAAUCCGUCUUCUCCAACUUCGAAGGCCGCAGCGAUUGCCCAACACCCGGCAUCACAUACAUCAUCCUCCACCACCCUACCAGCCGCGGCCUGAGCAUAAUCAAGGGCGAACCGACUCUACAUCGCGUCCCCGAGCCGAAACCCGGUAUAUCACACCCAUUGCUGCUCGAAGGCAAGACCAACUGGCACUGGGAAUGCGUGGAGGCAGACAACUGGCUUAGCUUCCGCAACGCCGCCACUGGGAGGUUUCUCGGCCACGACACUGACGGGAACGAAAAUCCGAGAUGGGGAAACAUUCAAUGCUUAAGCAGUCGGCCUGGGAUAUCAGAGAAGUUUGCCUUUUUGAGCUUGAAAUCCGGGGAUAUAGCUUCAAGCGCGAUGCUCUCAAAAGGGGAAGUGGAUGGUUCUGAGGCCUUUGAACGAGUAGACGAAAACAUAAUCAAGGAUGAAAUUAUAGUCAAAGAGUGCCGGACAGCAGAAGGAAAUAUUGAGGACCUUGGGGAUGUUGGAAAGUGUGAGGUGGAGUCAGAGCCGCAGGUUCAGACAGUCGCACUGUAUUCACUUCUUGUACAGCCGCGGAGGUUGACGCCGUCUGAUCAUCUUCAUCGGAACACGGGUUGCCCAUAUCAUGCGCCUCGAUUCCGGAAGCUGGUCAAGGUACAGGUGAAGCCGGAGAGCCUUGCGGAGGGGUCGCAAGUACUUGUGGUUUGGGAUGCUGAUGAGGAUGCGGGCACGGUUUGGAGGUUUGUGAAGGUCGUUCCGCCAGGGAAAGAAUCAGUUGAGGAGGAGGUUAUGGCUUGA